GUGGUGUGUUGUGUCCUCUCUGUGUUCCACAGCCUUCUCCUUGCGGUGGAUGAUUCUGACACACACGUGCUUAUUCUCCCUGUGUGUCUCGCUCCCUCUCGUCUUUCCCGCUCUAUCUUACUCUCUCGGUUCUUUCCCCACUCUAAACAGAGUCGUCGGCAAUGAUAUCAGCGCCUGAAAGACAUCAAGGAACAACUGUAGUUCAAGAGGACAGAGUCAGCACCGAUCAUCGUGGAUGAGCAGCCGUUGCAGAAACAAUUGCCAGACGUCAGGCACAUCACUUCCAUAGACUCGGGGUUUGCCAUUGAUGGUGAGAUUCCCCUUCAUAAAUCCAUCCAGUAGGGCAAUGUGUGCAAAUCCUAGUGCGGUGUCAUUUCGUGGAAUUCUUUGUUCAUUUCAUUUUGGUCACGCCGACUAGUCAUUCUAAAGGAGCCGGCGUCUCGCUAGCACUGUGCUACUUUCCAAUCGAUCGUCUAAUUAGUCAGUGAUCAAGUGUCCACGGAACAAUGGGAUGCUCCAGAAGAUCCUGUCCCUCUUCCAGGGUGAGCGACUGACCCUUCCAAGAAGGGGACCCAGCCACCUGUGCCGUUCUAGUGACUUACUGACUGACUGACUGACUGACUGGUGACACGCAUCCCUUCAACGGACCAACAAAAGAAAAGGUUCUUGAGACCCUAUUGUGUGUAUGUGCCCCUCUCCUCGAGUUUUUUUGUUCCACGCCAAACUCAGUAGUAAUAUGUGUAUGACCGUUGUAAAAGAAGUAUGUCCUCCACCUGUGAGAUUCUUCCUCUUCGACCACAUCUGUGAAUUUGGCUCCAAAAAUUAGAACAUCCCGUUACCCUCAUCUAGAAUUCCUUCAUGAGUGAGACAGAUCCUCAUUGUGCUCCAAUGUGAGUGUGUCCGAAGUCACGGUUUGUCUUGUGCUUCUAGUGAUAGUGGUUAAGCAGGCCUUUUGUGAACCAUGCAGAGGGAACCCUGUCCACUCGAGGUCCCUCUGGAACGAAGAAGUGUAGGCAAAGAAGAACCAAUUAGUGCUUUAAAGUCAGCAUCGAGCUAGCACCGCCAAGAUCUCUGGCCAUCACUCCAAGAGAAACGAAUGGACGGUGAGCUUACCUUCUCUGGCCCAGGGGCAUCUCGAGGUGGGGUCGGAGGUCCCCAUCAAGCAAGACCCUCGAACAGCCAUGGUCCUGGUCGUGGACCUGGUGGGACUAGUGGUAACGGUGGAGGAAUCAUGAUCGACACAAUGCCCACUCCAGGCGGAGAGUCUUCCAACUGGCAGGGCCAGCCUGGUGAUCCCGGAGGAGGAGGUGGUGCCGAAGGAGGCGAGGCCGCCGGUGAGGAGGUCAUGGAGGACGAGAAACCCACCACCGUUGCCGAAAAGAAGCCUGCCAGACGGAUAGGAGCCAAGCCCCCACCUGACCGGGCCCCCCGCUCAAUCUACUGCUUCAGUGUGAAGAACAAGUUCAGGAAGAAAUGUAUUGAAUUCGUGGAGUGGAAACCCUUCGAGUUUCUGAUUCUGGUCACAAUUCUCGGCAAUUGUGUCGCCCUGGCUGUGUAUACUCCUUUUCCAGCAGAAGAUACCAACGAAACGAAUCUCGUGCUGGAAAAGAUAGAAUAUAUUUUCCUAGUAAUUUUCACGGGCGAGUGUGUGAUGAAGAUCAUCGCCUACGGGUUUUGGCAGCAUCCAACGGCUUAUCUAAGAAGUGCGUGGAACUUGUUGGAUUUCACCAUCGUCAUGAUUGGCGUUAUCAGUACCAUAUUGUCUACCUUGAAAAUCGAGGGCUUUGAUGUGAAAGCCCUGCGAGCCUUCAGAGUUCUUAGACCACUCAGGUUGGUCUCAGGGGUGCCAAGUUUACAGGUUGUGCUAAACGCCAUUCUAAUGGCCAUGAUCCCUCUACUCCACAUUGCUCUGCUCGUGAUGUUUGUGAUGAUAAUCUAUGCUAUUAUUGGUUUGGAGCUCUUCUCCGGUUUGCUGCACAAGACAUGCUUCCAUAACUUGACCGGAGCGAUGGUAGAGGAAGACGAUCCCACCUUGUGUGGAGGUAACUAUCAAUGUGAUGAAGAGGCAGGCCACGUCUGUCGUGAAUACUGGGAAGGCCCAAACUUUGGGAUUACGAAUUUCGACAACUUUGGCCUCUCCAUGCUCACCGUCUUCCAAUGCGUCACCCUUGAAGGUUGGACGGAUGUCUUGUACUGGGUGAAUGAUGCCGCGGGCAAUUCCUGGCCCUGGAUUUAUUUUGUCAGUUUAGUUUUGAUUGGUGCUUUCUUCAUCAUGAAUCUCAUCCUGGGUACACUCUGCGGAGAAUUCUCCAAGGAGCGAGAAAAAGCGAAAUCUCGAGGAGACUUUCAAAAACACCGGGAGCGGCAGCAAAUCGAAGAGGAUCUCAGGGGCUACCUGGACUGGAUCACCCAGGCCGAGGAUCUCGAGGCCGAGCCCACCACAGAUCGAACCCGAGGCCGUGGCGGGUCCAUGGCCGAAGCUGGGUCCAUCACAGACAACAACGGAGCAGGUGCGAAUUCCUUGAAUCUCGGUCCCGUAGCCAAGGCCACUCCGGUGGUCAUGGAGCUGAUCAAGAGUUCAAUGAUUCCUGUGCAGCAGGUCAUGAGAGUUACUGUUACAGCGAAGGUCACCAGCGAGUCGGAGGCUAAGAACAACGAUGACGUCCUUAUGGAGCCGGACACGUGGUGGGAGAAGAAGAAAAAGGCCGUGGAAAAGGCCAAUCGUCGGGCACGUAGGGCCUGUCGCAAGGCUGUCAAAUCCCAGGCCAUGUUCUGGAUCAUCAUAGUGCUUGUGUUCCUCAAUACCUGUGUGCUGGCCACCGAACACUACCGACAACCCGUAUGGUUGGACCACUUCCAAGAAGUGACCAAUCUGUUCUUCGUCGUGCUCUUUACCCUGGAAAUGUUCCUCAAAAUGUACAGUCUUGGCUUUCAAGGUUAUUUCGUGUCCCUCUUCAAUCGGUUUGACUGCUUCGUUGUGGUUAGCAGUAUUCUGGAACUGAUCCUGACCAACAAUGGAGUGAUGCCUCCUCUGGGUUUGUCUGUAUUGAGAUGUGUUCGACUCCUCAGGACAUUCAAAGUGACCCGAUACUGGGCCUCCAUGGGCAACUUGGUCAAGUCCUUGGUCAAUUCCAUAUCGUCCAUUAACUCGCUGCUAGUUAUUUUGUUCCUCUUCAUUUUCAUUUUCUCACUGUUGGGAAUGCAAAUUUUUGGCGGGAAGUUCACUGAUGCCACCGAGUCGCGGAGUCACUUUGACUCGUUCCCCCAGUCUUGCUUGACAGUGUUCCAGAUUUUGACCGGUGAGGAUUGGAAUGUGGUGAUGUAUGACGGCAUCCAAGCCUUUGGAGGUGUGAAGAGCAUCGGCAUCUUGUCGAGCCUGUACUUCAUCAUUCUAUUCAUCUGCGGUAACUACAUCCUUCUCAACGUGUUCUUGGCCAUUGCGGUGGACAAUUUAGCCGAUGCAGAUGCCCUGGAAGAUGAGGAAAAGGACGAGGAUGAGCCUCCAGAGGAUGGAGAAGACGAGGACGAAAACAAGGACCAAGGAGAGGACGGAGACACCAAAAUUCCAAUAGACCAAUAUUAUCCAGACGACUACGACCAAUACGACGAAGUGGGUCGAACAUAUGGAGCGGAUGGUUAUGCCGUUCCCAGUGAGGACGAGUACUACCAACAAGACCCCUCCAAUGCCCCCCGACGAGUCAGCAAGCGCCCACGAAGCCCCUCCAUCAGCAGCCAGAAGAAGGGCAAACCUAUGCCCAAGGAGAGCUCAUUCUUCAUUUUCUCCUCGCAAAAUAGGUUCCGAAUUGUGUGCCAUUACAUCUGUAACCACAGCUAUUUUGGGAACAUUGUUCUCGUAUGUAUCAUGGUCUCGUCUGCUAUGUUGGCCGCAGAGGAUCCGCUCAACUCCAAUUCCGAGAGAAACAAGAUUUUGAAUUAUUUUGACUACUUUUUCACCACCAUUUUCACCAUUGAGGUGUGUCUCAAGUUGAUCGCGUACGGGUUCAUCCUCCAUCCGGGAGCUUUCUGUCGAUCAGGAUUCAAUCUACUGGAUCUCCUUGUCGUGGCAGUGUCUCUCAUCUCUUUUGUCUUCAGCAUAAUGAAGGCAGUGGGAAUCCAAACACUUAGACACUCGGGAGCCAUUUCCGUGGUGAAGAUCCUCAGGGUGUUACGUGUCCUGCGUCCUUUGAGGGCCAUCAAUCGGGCCAAAGGUCUCAAGCACGUGGUGCAAUGCGUGAUUGUGGCCGUGAAAACCAUCGGCAACAUUGUGUUGGUGACCCUGUUGCUCCAAUUCAUGUUCGCUGUGAUCGGUGUUCAGUUGUUCAAGGGCAAGUUCUUCAUGUGCACGGAUCGCUCCAAAAUGACGGAGGAGGCGUGCCAAGGCCAGUUCAUCGAGUACAAGGACGGCGACCUGAACUAUCCGAUUGUGGAGGAGCGGAUCUGGGAUCGAAACGCAUUCCACUACGACAAUGUGGCGAAAGGCCUCUUGACUCUUUUCGUGGUAUCCACCUUUGAAGGAUGGCCAGGUAUCCUUUACGUGUCCAUUGACUCGAAUGCCGAAGAUCAUGGCCCCAUUCACGGAUAUCGACCUGUGGUGGCCAUUUUCUAUUUCAUCUACAUCAUUAUUAUUGCCUUCUUCAUGGUGAACAUCUUCGUCGGUUUCGUUAUCGUGACCUUUCAAAACGAAGGAGAGUCUGCCUACAAAAACUGCGAACUGGACAAGAAUCAGCGAAAUUGUAUUGAGUUCGCUUUGAAUGCCAAGCCCGUUCGCCGUUACAUCCCCAAAAACCCGGUGCAAUACAAACUUUGGGCGUUCGUGACAUCACCGUUAUUCGAGUACACGAUUUUCGCCAUGAUCUUGGUGAACACCCUAAGUUUGGCCAUGAAAUUCUACCGCCAGCCAGAAGGCUACACGGCCUUCCUCGAUGUGCUCAAUGUGAUCUUCACCGUGUUCUUCACCCUCGAGUUCAUCUUCAAGCUUGGGGCUUUCCGAUUCAAGAAUUAUUUUGGCGAUCCCUGGAAUAGUUUCGAUUUCAUCAUUGUGCUGGGCAGUUUGAUUGACAUAGCCAUGGCAGAAAUCAAUCCUGGUGGAAACAUGAUCUCAAUCAAUUUCUUCCGCCUGUUUCGUGUCAUGAGGCUGGUUAAGCUCCUUAGCAAAGGCGAGGGCAUCCGGACCCUUCUUUGGACGUUCUUCAAGUCGUUCCAGGCACUGCCAUGGGUCGCCAUCCUCAUCGGUUUGAUAUUCUUCAUCUAUGGUGUAGUUGGAAUGCAGGUGUUCGGCAAGAUUGCGCCCCAAGAAGGAACCAACAUCCAUCGCAACAACAACUUUCAGACGUUUCCUCAGGCGUUGCUCGUCCUCUUCCGAUCAGCCACGGGUGAGGCAUGGCAAGAGAUCAUGUUGUCGUGCAAGAAGGAUCCCAGUGUGCUCUGUGAUGAGCGGAGCGAGGAUGCGGGUGAUCCGGCGGGCUGUGGUACGGACUUUGCCUAUCCGUACUUCAUUUCGUUCUUCGUGGUGUGUUCCUUCCUCAUUUUGAACUUGUUCGUGGCUGUCAUCAUGGACAACUUUGACUAUCUCACCCGGGAUUGGUCCAUUCUGGGACCCCAUCAUCUGGACGAGUUUGUCCGUCUUUGGAGUGAGUAUGACCCGGACGCGAAAGGUCGGAUCAAGCACGUGGAUGUGGUCACUCUACUCCGAAAGAUCUCGCCGCCUCUUGGAUUUGGCAAGCUUUGUCCACAUCGCGUGGCUUGCAAGCGUUUGGUAGCCAUGAACAUGCCUUUGAAGCCGGAUGGGACUGUGAGUUUCACGGCUACGCUGUUUGCCGUGAUCCGCACCUCCCUGAAGAUCAAAAUGGAAGGCUCCAUCGACACGGCCAAUGAGGAGCUGAAGCAGAUUGUACUCCGCAUCUGGAAGCGAACCCCUCAAAACGUCAUUGACGCAGUUUUCCCACCCAAAGGAUCCGUGGAAGAUGAAGUCACCGUGGGUAAAUUCUACGCCACGUUCCUCAUUCAGGAUUACUUCCGUCGGUUCAAGAAGAAGAAGGAAACCAAGACUCUCACGGAGCAUCACGAUUCCGAAGAACACACUGUCACCCUUCAAGCUGGACUUCGAACCCUACACGAAAAGGGCCCCGAAUUGAAGCGAGCCAUCUCCGGCAAUCUGGAUGAGAUGAUCGAAUCGCUGGACGUGGCCAAUGAGGACGAUACAAUGCAUCGAAGGAAUCUGCCUUUCUUCGGCAACGUGGUGUCGUCCAUCAAGAACCGUCGACCUGGUCCAAAUGUGUCGCUCAACGUGAACUCCGUUCAACACGCCAAGAUCUCUCCCACUAACUCCAUGGACUACGCAGCACAAAAUUCAUUCAGAAAAAUGCCUGACGAGGAUUUCCCCACUGACCCGGCCAAUAUUCAGAUGCGUCCUGUCAAGCUGGCCAAUGGGGACUCUCAAGAUCAUUCCAGCGUCGACGACGGAGAGCCCAGGGCAUGUGAGAGUCAUCUCUCCUCAAACAGUGAAGACCCCACUCCCCCCUUUAGUCCCACCCUAACCAAUGCCCUUCGUUUUGAGUUUGGCCGCACCAGUUCCGCGGCCCGGCCGCUUUCGCAAAAUCAGACCUUUGAGUUCCUUCCCCGAUCCCGUCCCACAAACUCGUACAGCCACUCGGGCCUGAAUCGGAUCUCCACGUUGAGACCGAAGAAGGCCACGACGGUGGUUGUGGUGAAGUCGGCCUCGGCCCAUUCCUUCAAGUGCCUUCAGAGACAAUCGUCGUCCUUGGAGGAGGAGCUCGAGGACGAUCUCGAGGAGCUACCGCAUAUUUCCCAUGGGAUCCGACACCUGUCGGCUCAAGCCAUGGCCAUUGUAGGCAUAUCUCCCAAUGGGGACACUUGGACCCCUCAGAUGCUCCUCCGAGCACCGAAUCCAUAUUCGGGUCGUACGGUGUAUGCCGGAAGUCUGGCGCUAAUGCCUUUGUCCAGAUCUCAUCCGGAAAAGUUUGCUUCCUACUUUUCGAAUUCCGCUGCUCCUUCAUUGGUACCUUAUCCAGCCAAUGGUGAUUCCGCGCCCCCGGGCUCACUCUCGAAAUCUGUGCCAAGCAGUCCAAGUGACCGGAAGCAAGGGCUUCCAAUUGCUGGCUCGGCUGAGAACUUGGUCGGAAGGGUUCUACGCGAUCAAGGCCUGGGAAAGUAUUGUGAUCCAGAAUUUGUCCGUGCCGCGUCUCGAGAAAUGCAAGAAGCCAUGGAUAUGACUCCCGAGGAGUUUGACCAAGCGGCUCAUCGUCUCCUUCAAGCUGAGCAAGACGGGAGUCUGGAGUUCGCCGUACCCGGCACCGAUGGUGACCCUGAAGACGGACAUUGGGUCGAUGAAGAUGACGAGACGGUUCCAUUACGGUCCCCGCCAUCUCGAUUUAUGUUCACAGACCCGCGACAGUCCAACGAUCAAGGGCCUCAAGCUCCCAAUCGACAACGACGCGGUGGGGGUGGAGGAGGCGGACCCAGCAUGGUUUCCAGUCGACGGCGUGACACUAAUGUGUAAAUUUUAAACUCUUGUUGGACGGCAGUGAAACUCUUGAAAGCAUCGAGUGACCUCAUCUCAAGUGGAAGUUCAUAAAUGCCAGAAAUACCACAAAGAGGGAGAACGGAGUGCGAGAAAGAGAGAGAGAGAGAGAGGAAAGGACAGAAUUGGAACGAGACUCGUUGCUUCAUGAAGGUUCAAAUUGCCAACUUCAAACCCAGUGAUUCCUUUACGAAAAAAAAAGAAUAUUACAUUACUACUCUCCACCAAGUGCCUCGACAAUAACAAUGUUGUGAUAAACUCCCCCCAAGCUAAAGUGUUUUCGAGCUUGAUUUUACUCGCCCAUUGAUUCCUUUGGUGAUCUGACCAACAUCAACCUCUUUAUCAUCAUCAUCCUUAUGUGUUGUUGUUUUUUUGAACAAAGAAGUGCCAUACUCUCUACCCACACACGCACACACUACCACAUCUAAGAAUCUCUUUGCAUCCUCAUUACUUGUUUGUUUGUUUGUUUUCGCUUCUGCCACGCCCACUGACCCCCCCCCUCUCUCUUAAGGGCAUUAUUAGCCGCCCGGCCCUUUCUUCUCCUCCAGCUUCGUCUUGUUUUGAAUACCAUCCCCUCUUUCAACUUUAACUUGUGCCAUUGCGGAUUGGGUGUGCCAUCACGUCAUUUUUGACUUUUUUAUACUCUUGAUUUAGCUCGUCAAACAAAACUCGAACCCUGUCACACUCAACACACAAACAUUCACGCACACAUUCAGACAUUCACGCGGUCAAUUCAAAGCCCGACUAAGAAAAUGUUUCAUAACGUCCAAUUCAUUGUUCCACGUUCCUGUUUUCUCGUCCCUCACCAAACCCCUCGAAUGUACCAAACAACGCUGUGUUCAUGAGCCGGAAAUUAAAUGAUAUGAAAUGGAAAGAAGCACAAGAAACUCGAAAGAGAUAUAAGAAGAAAAUAGGUAUAAGUAAGACUUUUAAUGACGAACAAACACUAGGGUCUUAAAGAUCACUGCAAGCUCGCAAGUGACCCUGAUCGAUCCAUAUUUUCUAUUUUCCUCUUUCUUCUAAUCUCUACACAUUCAUCGUCAUUCUCAUACAAAAAAAGAACCACUUUACCAAACACGCUACCAAUAUCUCCGAUCCUCCCUUUAUGUCGCUAAGAUAUCCCCACCCCCUUUUUCUGUUGCACAAUUCACGCCCUCAAAUUUUGUCUCUCCUCUCCUCAAUGUCAAGAGACUUUGGGAACCUCUUCAUGAACACCCGAAAAUAAAAUCAAAAUCUCGUAUAAACAAA